CUCACGCCGGACCUGCAUGGGGUGGUCGACGGCGCUCGGUGGCGGCGCCGCGGCUCCGGCCCCCAAGAAGGGAGUCUGUGGGCUUAAUUUGAAGUCAUGCAGUGGUUUCAUGCUCAAAACGACUCCAAAGGUCGGAUGCCCUUCGCUCCGUGUGAGGGCAUCUGUCUCUUCACCACAGAAACUAUACUCUUCUAAGACAACACAAGUUAAAUCAGGGGAGGAGGUGCAGAUUGCGGUUCUAGGGGCCAGUGGUUAUACUGGAGCUGAGAUUGUUCGGCUUCUGGCAAACCACCCUCAGUUUCAUAUCAAAGUGAUGACCGCAGAUAGAAAAGCUAGCGAACAGUUCGGAUCUGUAUUUCCUCAUUUGAUAACGCAGGACCUCCCAAAUUUAGUUGCAAUAAAAGAUGCAGAUUUUUCAAAUGUUGAUGCGGUUUUUUGUUGCUUGCCACAUGGAACAACCCAGGAAAUUAUUAAAGGUUUACCGAAGCAACUGAAGAUUGUUGAUCUUUCUGCGGAUUUCCGUUUGCGUGAUAUCAAUGAGUACGCUGAGUGGUAUGGUCAUGCACAUAGGGCACCAGAACUUCAGCAAGAGGCUGUGUAUGGUUUAACUGAAGUUCUUCGAGAUGAAAUAAGAAAUGCACGACUUGUUGCAAAUCCAGGAUGUUAUCCCACAUCUAUUCAGCUUCCUCUUGUUCCUCUGAUAAAGGCAAAACUGAUCAAGCUGAGCAACAUUAUCAUUGAUGCAAAAUCUGGGGUUUGUGGAGCAGGACGUGGAGCGAAGGAGGCGAAUCUUUACACUGAGAUAGCUGAAGGCAUCCAUGCUUAUGGAAUAAAAGGCCACCGUCAUGCUCCCGAGAUUGAACAAGGACUUUCAGAGGCUGCUAAAUCUAAAGUCACUAUCAGUUUUACUCCAAAUCUGAUCUGUAUGAAACGUGGAAUGCAAUCUACCAUGUUUGUUGAAAUGGCACCUGGAGUGACUGCCGGUGAUUUGUACCAGCAUCUCAAGUCUACUUAUGAGGGCGAAGAGUUUGUCAAGCUUUUACAUGGCAGCACUGUUCCUCACACGCGCCAUGUCGUGGGAUCAAAUUACUGCUUCAUGAAUGUCUUCGAGGACAGGAUUCCUGGAAGGGCCAUCAUCAUCUCUGUUAUAGAUAAUCUUGUGAAGGGAGCGUCUGGUCAGGCUGUCCAGAACCUCAAUCUGAUGAUGGGCCUGCCUGAGAACAGAGGGCUGCAAUAUCAGCCCCUAUUUCCAUGAUCCUUUGCAUCGGUACGUUUCCAUUUCAUAUGAAAUUCUGUCAAGAUGGUGCUUCUGAGUUCAUUGAGCCAUGUUAUCAUCGGAGUGUGAAAAAACCAAGCUUGCUCAAAUGCAUUGCUCAGUUUGUGCUGUUGUUUUUGUAGAGAUUAGCUACAGUUGGCAGUUCAGUAGUGAGAGCAUUAGCUGAGUGGCUUUCUGCCAUGGAAAAUCCUAAGGCUAUAUACCAUGUGCUCUCGUGUUGUCAUCAGAUCAAAUAAAAUUCAAUAAAGCAAGGCCUUUGUUUGUCAUUUUUACACCUCAACAAAACUUUCUUUUUUGAAAGUAACCUCAGCAAAAUAUGCAUUUGUACACAUAGCCCUUGCUUAAUUGGCAAAGCAGAACAACUACAUCAAUCUCACUUGUACAUGGCUCCUACCCAAAUAUGUCGGCCUGAGCAUUUACUUAUCAACCAUAAUCUGACUUAAUUUCCUCAGUCUAUAAAUAUAUCUUUUUUUAACGAACCGGUACUUAGACCACACCAAUUUCAUUGAAUAAAGUAGGAGAAAACUAUAAAAAGGGAGUUUUACAAAGGAAAAGGAAAAUUGAGGCAAAGUUUGUCUAAAAAUAUAAGAGAUUUAUAUUCACACUCUCCAACCAUCUCUUGUCUAAUAAAGGGUAUCAUAGUCUUUACUUUUGAUCCUUAAUUUGUCAAAAAAAAACUAUAACCUUUUAUA